GCCAUGGUGUCACAUUCCAGAUCUGAAUGCGGCAGGAAUGUCGACGUUGCUGGAGCGCCCGGCCUUGAACAGCGCUGGAAGGCAGAUCCUGCAUUAGACCAGACGAAUGGCACAGCAUGUCGCAUCUUGAGAGGACGCAUGCGUUGUCGAGACGACUCUCGCAAGCAUGCAAUGACCAGUAAGUCAGGUUCUCCGACUUGUUUCUCUUCCCUUCUCUCGUCUAUCUCACACUGCAUCACUACCGUACUUCCUCUGGCAGCGUUAGCAUAGUUGACCUCCACCAAACAACACCACAUCCGUGAUGCAGCUCUUCAUCGCAGCAUUCGUGCUCACUGCCGUACGAGUCUUCGCCUCACCAGCAGCGGUCACCCUCCGCAGCGUUGCCGCCUCCACGGUACUUCCAGCUGCCCUUCCAGCAUGCGCCGAGCCAGCCCUCCUCGCGGCAAUCCAAGCUUCCGGCUGCGCCGCGUCCGAUGCCCAGUGCAUUUGCUUCAAGCCGACCGUAAUCUCGUCUCUAACCGCCGCAAUCCAGAGCGCAUGUUCGCCGGCAGACCAGGCCGCAGUUGUCGCUUUUGCUUCCACUUAUUGCGGAACCGCCGCGGGCUCCGCGUCUGGAGCCGGAGCGUCGGCGGCUCUGGCGAGUGUGACAGCCACCACGGAGGUCGCAGUGACAGCCACAAGUCAAGUUUCAGGGACAGCCGGCGCGCUGACAGUGGCGAGCAUGCCGAGUGACAUUACCACGGAAGCCGCCGCACCGACGCCAACAGGAUCCCUCGUGACGGAUACAAGCUCGUUGUAUACUACCACAAUAACAAGUGCUAUGGAAAUGCAGAACAGCACAACCACCACCACGACCACGCAUAGCUCCACGGCGAAGCCGACAAAUGGGACAUACAUAGGUGCGGCAGACCGUGUAACUGGUUUGAGCGGUCUGGCAGCGGUUGGCGUCGCUGUAGGAGCCAUCGGUCUUGGGUUUGCGGAAUUCUGA